AUGGCGCAAGGCUACGUACCUGAGGCUCGAAUCCUGGUGAUUAUGACAGGGGGAACCAUUUGUAUGCAGAAGUCGCCAGAUGGACUUGUACCAGCCCGCAACUUCCUCGACCGAUGCAUGGCUCCCCGACCAGAGUUCAACGACGGAGAGCCACAAGAUCCUCUCGAUGUUGCAUUCAAAGAUGGGCCAGAGGGCAUGGUCUCCUUUGAUGAGAGCAUCAAUGCCGGCCUGUGGCUCAAAUAUGCUGUGCUGGAAUAUGAAACUCUGCUGGAUUCCUCCUCGAUCGAUAGCAAAGGAUGGGAUCAAAUAGCCAGCACGAUCUUCCGAAACUACAAACUUUUUGACGGCUUCGUUGUCCUCCAUGGCACGGACAGUUUGGCAUACACAUGCUCAGCCCUCAGCUUCAUGCUGCAAAACUUGGGAAAGCCGAUAAUACUCACAGGCUCUCAAGUUCCCUUCUCAGAGCGCAAAAACGAUGCCCUCGACAACCUGCUCGAUUCAUUGGACAUCGCUGCCCACUUCAUGAUCCCCGAAGUAUGUCUCUGCUUCAACUCGACCUUGUUCCGCGGCAAUCGAGCCACGAAGAUAUCCGCCAACGCCUUUGAUGCAUUUGCAUCUCCCAAUCUACCUCCCUUGGCCAAGAUCACCGCAGUAGAUACGAAAGUGAUCUGGAACCUCGUCACUCAGCCCACGUCUCUUCAAGCGUUCAGCGUUCAGCCAGACCUUGAAAUCCACCACGUGGCAUGUCUGAGAAUCUUCCCAGGUAUCAGAUCUAAAAUGGUCGAAGCGGUGUUACGCACGGAAGGGCUACGCGGUCUGGUACUUGAGACGUUCGGUGCCGGCAAUGCUCCCAGUGGACACGACAACAAAUUUAUUCAGGUCAUCUCUGACGCCGUGCAGCGAGGUAUUGUAAUUGUUAAUGUCACGCAAUGUUUGACUGGCGGCGUUAGCCCCGUCUAUGCACCAGGAAUGGCUCUGGGCCGCGCAGGCGUCGUCGCAGGCGGUGACAUGACGAGUGAGGCGGCCUUGACCAAACUGGCAUACCUCUUGUCACUUCCAGAAGCGACGCCAGAGUCAGUGGCACGAACCAUGGCCAUCUCCAUUCGAGGCGAGCUCACGGAGCACUCGGAGACCGUGUUCAGUCACCCAACGGGCGAGCUAUCCUCUCCUGUCGCUCAGCUCACCGCUAUUGCGUAUGCCAUUGCCAGCGGAGACAUCCAGAAGGUCAAAGACGUUCUACGCGAGGACACCCAGCUCAUGAAUCGUCCGGACUACUCUGGCAACACCCCGGUCCACCUAGCCGCCACCGGGCCCAGCCUUGCCAUUCUCCGGUAUUUGCUCUCAUUAGGGGCCUCGGUCCAUCUCCGCAAUCAUACAGGUUCAGGCCGGACACCCCUUUUUCUAGCUGCCAAUGCUGGCCUCUUGCCACACGUAAUGCUCCUUCGACAGGCCGGCGCACAUCUCCACGCAGAAGAGCUAGAAACGGCACGACUACAUGCGAGUCAAAGGCCAGAGGUGUGGAAGCAAGCGGGCCUGGGCAUCCCUUAA